AUGGCUGCCAUGGCGAUGCCCCCAUCCUCUGUCCUCUCUCCUCCGUCCGCCCGCCUCUUGUUGCCUGCCUCGCCGUCUUCGUCUUCUUUCUCGAUUCCGUCCAGACGAAGAGGGCGUCGAUCUGGGAUGGCUGUUGUCGGAGAUGGACGCCUCGCCUCUGGGGCACUCGCAGAGAGCAGCGGUUGGCAGCUGAAGCUGCCGGAGAUAUACGAGGCUUGUACUACCUGGCAGUGGAGGGGGUUCAAUGUAAACUUCUUGGUGAAGGGCAAAGUCGCUGGUGAUCGGCUGCCGGUCUUGCUUGUCCACGGCUUCGGCGCUUCUAUCCCCCACUGGCGCAGGUACUGAGCUGCUAAUGGUCUCGACAUGAGUAACAUUGUCUUCUUCAUCUUCAAGACUCCUCUAUAUAAUUGCAUACGUUUACCCUGUCUCGAGAACCAGCCGAAUUAGGGUUAGAAAAUUUCUCAUGAUCUUCUUCCCCUACCAAUUUAAUGCACAAGGAAACUUUCCAGUGGCACAAAAUAAUACCGAUCUUGUGGCAUUUGUUGAAUCCGUCAUUGAUCGAAAUAGAAUACACUGGGAUCAUACAUGGAACGAUUGUGGUGACGAUGAUAUAGUGAGUGAGAUUGCCCUUCUCCGUGAUUCUGAUGGUCCCCAUCUUCAUGAUAACAUCCAUAUUUUCUUGCUGUUCCAGGAAUAUUGAAGUAUUAGCCGAGAACUACACAGUCUAUGCAAUCGAUUUGCUUGGAUUUGGUGCCUCCGACAAGCCAGAAGGAUUUGAAUAUACCAUGGAAACAUGGGCUGAGGUAUACAGGAAAAAAAAUUAUUUACAGUGUCUUGUUGCAAAUUGAUCUACUUAUUCCAUUCCCAUUGAACCCGCUGGUGUGCUUUCAAUAGUUGAUUCUGGAUUUCCUGGAUGAAGUAGUUAGGAGGCCGACAGUUCUGAUCGGGAACUCAGUUGGAAGCCUUGCCUGUGUUAUCGCUGCAUCAGGUUUGUGAACAAUGCAUAAAUUCUCCACGAUCUUCGGACAUGAUUUAUGAUUUAUCUGAAGAAAAAGGCUUCUAUACCCAUGUUAGCCUGCCACUAGCUCUAAGCCACCCAGUGCUUCACCCUUGUGGGAGACCAGAGUCCACCGGAGGUCUGGUCCAGGGGCUUGUGCUUCUGAACUGUGCAGGGGGGAUGAACAACAAGGCCGUCGUUGACGAUUGGAGAAUCAAGCUGCUUUUCCCUCUCCUUUCGCUAUUUGACAUACUAUUAAGGCAGCGAUGGAUUGCUUCAGCCCUCUUUGAUCGCGUGAAACAGAGGUAGAACAGCUUCCACUCUUCAUUCAUGUCUCACUGGGAAACCCUAAUCAGGUCUUCUCCUCCUCUGGUAAAAACAGAGACAAUCUUAAGAACAUCUUGGAAUCAGUGUACGGAAACAAGGAAUCUGUUGAUGACGAUCUCAUCGAGGUAACAUAAAAUUUCAUGUUUUCAGGUAAAUGACUGCCUGUGAGAUUCUUUCUUUCCAUGGCAUGCAGAUCAUCCGGGGACCAGCCAACGAUGAAGGUGCUCUUGAUGCAUUUGUCUCUAUCGUGACGGGCCCACCAGGGCCAAAUCCGGUGUCCCUGAUACCAAAAAUAUCCCUACCUGUUCUGGUACUGUGGGGUGAUCAAGAUCCAUUUACUCCUCUAGAUGGCCCUGUGGGCAGAUACUUCUCCUCACUCCCUGCCCGGCUCCCAAACAUCAGUCUAUAUGUCCUAGAAGGAGUUGGCCACUGCCCCCAUGAUGACAGACCAGAUGCUGUCCAUGAAAAGCUGCUUCCUUGGCUGUCCAGUCUUUCCAAAUCAUAG